AUGCACUGGACUGUAGCGCGUGGUUUGUCCUUCUACGUUACCAGCAUGGCUGAUAGUAGUGAUGACGCACCACGAGAAACUUCAUUUAAAGAAUUUAAGAAAAGAAAGUUAUAUUUAACAGAAAAUCUUAAAAGUGUUUACCAAGACGGUAUCCAAUCAUUAAAGCAUAAACAUAAACGCAAGAAUGACCCUAGAUUUGAUCCUAGAGUUGAUGGUAUUUGCUAUCUCGAUGAUUGGGAAUUUUUAGAAGAUGAAAGAGCGAAAACGCUAAAAAAACUGAAAAAAAUGCUUCGCCAAAAUGUUGAUUCGGACAAACGAAAGGAAGUGUCCCUUGCGUUACGUUUGGUAAGACAGCGAAUGGCAACAGAAAAAGAUAGAAAAUUCCGUAAACAAUUCAUGGAUAAAUUUCAGAAGGAACAGAUUGACAACUUAGAAUCAGGGAAAUCUGUUCGUUUUAUUCCUCGAGCGGAGCUCCGUAAACUCGUUCAAAGUGAACGUUUGGCAAAAAUGAGCAAACGGCAAAAGGAGCGAUAUUUGAAUCGAAAAAAACGAAGAUUUACUUCGAAUGAUGCAUAA